AUCCGGGUUGCAUCCGAGGUUAACGAUACAUACAUUGGAGAUUUCCGAGUUCCCUGUUGUUUUGAAUGCGUCAUAGAAUGAAUAACUUUACUCAACAUAAAGGCUUGGCUUCUACAUUUAUUUUUUAUUCAAGGUAAAUUGUCGCACGUAUUGACAAAAACACUCACUUGCCAAAGUAGAUUCACAUGCAGAACGUCGUAUGUUUUCUACUGCCGCGUUCACGUGAUAGUCUGAAUUAAGACACGUUGUCAUUUUCUGACUUGCUACCUGGUUGUAAAUCAGAGAAGGCGGCACAUGUGUACAUACAAACAGGAAGCAGGAAGCAGUUGUUAUUCCACUAAAGUCUGAUCUGCACAACACGAAGCAAUGGUCGUUUAAAAUUUUGCUGAUCUGCUUUUCCACUGCCACCAUGGCCCAAAAGCUGGUAAUAAUCGACACAGAUGCAGGUAUAGAUGACGCCCAGGCGAUAAUGAUGGCCGCGGCCGUUCCAAGCCUGCAGAUCCUGGGGAUAACAUGCUGCUUCGGGAAUACUGAUGUGGACAACGUCUGUCAGAAUGUGCUGCUGGUGCUGUCUGUCUGUGAACGCACACAGAUUCCAGUGUUCCAGGGUGCUGCUGGUCCCCUGGUGGGGGCAACCAAGGCUUUCAGCGACCACUUUGGGACUGACGGGCUGGGAGAUGUGCUGGAGGACAGAGACCCACAGUGGAAGGAGAAGCUCCAGAGAGAACAUGCUGUUAAUGCCAUGAUCAGACUGGUAGCUGCCAACCCUAAACAGGUGUCCUUGGUGGCUCUUGGGCCGCUCACCAACCUGGCUCUCGCCAUCAGACUGGACCCUUCUUUCCAACAGAACCUGAAGGAGCUCGUCAUUAUGGGAGGCAACAUGGAGGGUAAAGGGAAUGUAUCUUUAUGUGGAGAGUUUAACUUUGUGAUGGAUCCUGAAUCUGCCUUCAUUGUCCUGGAGGAGUACCUCUGUCCUACACGCAUAGCAUCAUGGGAGUAUUGCUGUAGGAAUAAACUGGAAUGGGAAUUCUUUGAAAAGCUGAUUAACGAGGACACGCCUGCUGGUCGCUUCAUGAAGAUGAUCACGUCCAAGUGUUGGGGUUAUUCCAAGGAGGCCAUGCUGAGUAAGAGGGAUGUGUACUUCGGGCCUGGCUUUGUCUCCUACGAUGCUUAUGCAGUGGCAGCGUGUAUUGACAGCUCUGUGGUGACAGAGAGUAUAGAGUGUGCCGUCAGGGUGGAACUACAGGGGGAGCUAUGCAGAGGGAUGAUGGUUCUGGAUCAGAGGAACAAACUGAACAAAAGCCACCGUGUUUCUGUCAUGAAGACCUGUGAUCUGACCAAGUUCAGGCAGUUACUCAUGGCUUCCCUUAAACAACCCUGUAGGAAGUAGGCUACGAGACAGACCAACCUGAUGUCGGCCAUGCGUUGUAGAUCACCUGCAAGCAGCAAUGAACGGGGUUCACAGGAUGACAGAAAGGAGACUAGAACAGUUAGUGCUUGCUUUUUUAUCUAUCUGCCAAAAAGUAUGAAUGAGGGAUACAAAGUAUAUUGAAACAGGUGCGGUUCCUGAGUUAAUUAUCGUCCCAUUCUUCAAUGGGUUUUGAGAAGGUGAGGAUGCAAUUGAGAUUCUCUAGGUCAAAUGGGAUGGCGGAUAUGAGGGAUUAAGUGAGACUGCGCAUAACAGCGCCACCCACCGGCCCAGAGUCUGAGAGAGACGUAUACCUGUAUGUGUAAGACAUUGUAACUAACACAGACAACACUCAGGGCCUUAUUUUCACAUCUGAUUUGUACUGUUUAAUCAAAUAAAAUUCAUUUUAAUGAGUUCA